AUGGAGAGAUUUAAGAAAGCAGCAACAAACUUGAAGCAUAAACUUACAAAAACGCCACUAGAAAAGCUCAUUUCGGAAGUGACAAAGAAUAACGACUCGGUACCUUCCAAAAGCUCACUUUACUCAAUUGCCGACAAGAGCUUCAACACCGAAGAAGUCCCAGUCAUCUCAAAGGCAAUUUGGCAUUACUUAAAAGCACCUGAAAAAGACUGGAAAAAAAUUAGCAAGACCCUUACACUGAUAGAAACACUCAUAAAGGUAGGGUCAAACUAUAUUUUGUCUGAUAUACAAACCAACCAAGCCAGAGUUAGGGCUUUACUGGAAUUUUCGUAUAGGGAAAAAGGAUUGGAGCAAGGCGAUGUGGUCAGGACAAAGGUAAGGCAAAUAGUCCACCUUUUAAGUAAUGAACAGUUUUUGCAAGAAGAAAGGGCUGCAGGUAGAAUACAGAGGGAGAGGUUUAUGUCGAUUUCGUCAAAAGAAGUAGGUAGCCAUCAAAAUCCUCCACAGGUGAUGAAAUAUGAAGAACCGAUUAGCAAUUACAAUUAUGAGCCACCACAGACCAAAAUCAUUGAAAAAAAUCCGGCGCCUGUACAGAAUGAACCUUGGUAUGAGCAGGCCAAAAUUAGUCCAGCUGCUGUGAAUAGGCAGCCUGAAAGCAAGCAAGAGCCGACAGAGGCGCCGGAGAGCUUCAAAGAUAUUUUCAAUCAGAGGCCAAAGGUAGACAUUUUUCAAGAAAAACCUAACUCCCCCCCCCCCCCCUCCGUGAGCGAACAAAAAAAUUUUGUUCGCUCACGGAGGGGGGUUAAUUUUUUUUUUUAAAAAAAAAUUUAUAUAUAAAUUUUAUAAAAAAAUAUUUUUUUCGAAAUUUAAAAAAAUCCUAAUUUGCAAAAAUUGGGAAGCAAAUAUUAAUUUAAUUUGCAAAAUUUAUGUUUUUAAAAACGCAAUUUGUUUAAAAUUUAAACAGAAUUAGCUCUAGAUUUCAUUAUACUAAUUAUCACUUAUAUAUCAAAAUUUUUUCCAUUAAAAUUUUUCUAUUAAAAAAAUUUUUGUUCACUCACGGAGGGUGGGUUUUUUGGUCAAAAAAUGGCGAUUUUUCUAAUGGUUUUGUUUCGCUCACGGAGGGGGGGGGGGGGAGUAAGCAAGAAUUCCAAGAAAAGCCUAAGCAAGACAUUUUUAAAGGAAUCCAAGUAAAAGACCAAAAAAGGAAAAUUAAUCAGGAAGCACAAGAAUUCCCUCCUAUAAGUCAGAAUAAUGGGAUAACUAAUGGCAGCAGUCAAAGUAAGCCAGAUUUCUUUAAAGGAACACAAUUAAAGCAAAAACCGAACCAACACUCACACAGCGUUACAAACCUCCCAAAUUCAAAGAGUUUAGCAAAUGGCUUCGCUGCAGAGCCAGUUACACCAACCCCUUCAACCCAAGAAUUAUUAGCUGACUUGUUUACAACAGAUAUUCCAAAGCCUGUGCUCCAGCAGUCAAUGCCAAGUUUCAAUAGUAGCUAUCCAUCAAAUUCUUAUAACCCAUUUGAUGAAGCUUCAGCUACUCAGCAAACCAAAGCAGCACCAGCUUAUUCAGAUCCCUUUGACUCUGUGAGUAUUGAACCUUCAUAUUCUGUUUAUCCCAAACAGAACCCUCAAGUUCCAGCUCAAAACCUUUAUUACCCCCAAAAUCAAUUUUACAAUAAUCCAAUACCGAACCCUCAAUUUACCGCUCAAAACCCAUAUAUGCAAGCCCAAAAUUUCCAAAAUCCUUAUCCUACCCCAAAUAGCUUUGCCUACAAUUCUCCUCAAGGAACUUUUAAUCAGUUCAAUCCAAGGACGAAUGGAUUUUCAAAUGGGAACUCUUUCCAGCCCCAGCCUUUUAUGAAUGGCAAUAUUCAGGGUCCUCAAAACCUUCAAACUGAAAAGCGCCCUAUAAGCCACUCAAAUUUAGAAGCCAGCUUAAUGAACCUGGAUGGCUUGAGCAUAUCACUAUCAGGGAACCAAACACUUAUGUCAGUUAAUAAUAUAGAACUUUAA